GCCUUCUUUCCGUGCGGUUCGUAAAAAUGACUGGUUUAACGAACAGGACCGUUGUUAUUGAUGGUCGCGGCCAUUUGCUCGGUCGCCUGGCCUCCGUGGUGGCCAAGUACCUGUUGCAGGGCGGCAAGGUGGCCGUGGUCCGCUGCGAGGAGCUGAACCUCUCGGGACACUUCUACAGGAACAAGAUCAAGUUCCUGGCCUACCUGCGCAAGCGGUGCAACGUGAACCCAGCCCGUGGUCCAUUCCACUUCCGUGCCCCCUCUCGCAUCUUCUACAAGGCAGUCCGAGGUAAGCAAUUCAAACUGUUUGGGAAGCUGAUCCACGCGACAUGAUGAACAUUACAUUCUUACCUACAUUAUUUGAACUAGAAACCUGUAACCAACUCUCAACUGAUGCAUUCAUCUAGCCAAAGCUCGCGCCACAAUUGUGAAUCCCUGACUCACCGGCUAUUUUCUCCAUCCCAUUCUAGGCAUGAUCCCACACAAGACCAAGCGUGGCCAGGCCGCCCUCGCCCGUCUACGUGUGUUCGACGGCAUCCCAUCGCCCUACGACAAGCGUCGCCGCGUCGUCGUGCCCAUCGCUAUGCGUGUGCUGACCCUGCGCUCCGACCGCAAGUACUGCCAGGUGGGUCGCCUGUCGCACGAGGUCGGCUGGCACUACCAGGACGUGAUCAAGAGCCUGGAGCGCAAGCGCAAGGCCAAGCUCCGUGUCACCCUCAAGCACAACCGCGAGCUGAAGAAGCUGACGGUCAAGGCGCGCGAGAACAUCGCGAAGGCCGCCGAGCCCUUCAACAAAAUCAUCAAAUCCUACGGCUACGAGGUUUAAGGACAACAACAAGGGCAGAAUUACAUACGUUCAGAUGCGUAGAAGUUUUUUAAAAGAGAAUAAAACAACAUCUAGUUU